AUGCCGAGGAAGAUCAUUCUCGACUGCGACCCAGGUCUGGAUGAUGCUGUGGCGAUCCUGCUAGCGCACGGCAACCCGGAGAUCGAGCUGCUGGCCAUCACGACGGUGGUGGGCAACCAGACGCUGGAGAAGGUGACGCGCAACGCGCAGCUGGUCGCUGACAUCGCUGGCAUUACGGGCGUGCCGAUCGCUGCCGGUUGCGACCGCCCAUUGGUGCGGAAGAUAAUGACUGCGGGUCACAUUCACGGCGAGUCGGGGAUGGGCACGGUGAUCUACCCGCCCGAAUUCAAGAACAAAGUGGAUGAGCGCCACGCCGUAAAGCUCAUCAUCGACCUCGUCAUGAGCCACGAGCCAAAGACGAUCACGCUUGUGCCGACGGGCGGGCUGACGAACAUCGCACUCGCCGCCCGCCUGGAGCCGCGCAUUGUGGAGCGCGUGCAGGAGGUGGUGCUGAUGGGCGGCGGUUACCACACCGGUAAUGCCACCUCUGUAGCGGAGUUCAACAUCAAGAUUGACCCGGAGGCGGCGCACAUCGUGUUCAACGAACGCUGGCCGGUGACGAUGGUGGGACUGGACCUGACGCACCAAGCGCUGGCGACGCCGGAAGUUCUGCAACGCGUGAAGGACGUCGGCACAAAGCCGUCUGCGUUUAUGCUGGAGGUUAUGGACUAUUACACCAAAAUUUACCAACAGAAUCGUUUCAUGGCUGCGGCAGCGGUUCAUGACCCGUGUGCUGUGGCGUACGUGAUUGACCCGACGGUGAUGACGACGGAGCGCGUGCCGGUGGACAUCGAGCUGACGGGCACGCUGACGGCGGGCAUGACGGUGGCGGACUUCCGCAACCCACGCCCGGAGCACUGCCACACGCAGGUGGCGGUGAAGCUGGACUUCGACAAGUUCUGGGGCAUGGUCGUGGACGCCCUAAAGCGCAUCGGCGACCCUAAGUGA